CCCAAAAUUUGUCUUUUACCCUUUAUGAUACCACUCAGUUGAAAGCCCAAACACUAUUUGCCCGUUUGAAACCAUCUCGAGAGGCAGACCAUGGCGGCUGCCACAAGCAGCAAUGCAGCCACAACCACGCUACAGAUGAAGCACUCCAGUAUGGAGCAUACGCGGAAACGCAUAGACCCUCGGAGGAGACAAGCUGCGCUCUCAUUUCUGAGCAAUAUUUCGCUUGACGGACGACCGGUGCAGGAUGACGGGGACAGUAACAUCGACGAGGAUAAUUCAAAUGAAACGAGGACUAGACAGAGCCUGGUUUCUGCCGCAGAGCGUGCUCUGUGCACGGCUGGCGCUGCGGCCGCUGCCACGGCGGCCCAGGCAUUGGUCGCUGCAAACCAGGCUCUGAACCACCGGGCUAGUUUUGGGAUGGGUUCCUUGCCUGCUCAGACGGAUACGGAAGGCGACGCGUUCGCCUGUGGGGCUCAGGUGGCCCCGUCUGUGUUUAGUUCCCCCUUUUCAGCAGUGCCAGCUGCGACCAGAGGGAGACUACAGACGUAUACUCAGGGAAUUCUACCUGUCGCCUACGCCAGACAAGCUUCUCAGAACUACUGUCUGGAGGGGGGACAGAUAAGCAAUUCUGCACUGGAACUACAGAGAUCCAGACGAAGACUCAUCUCUCAGCGCUCUUCUCUGGAGACUCUGGAAGAUAUAGAAGAGAAUGCUCCUCUACGCAGAUGCCGAACCUUAUCGGGUUCACCAAGACCAAAGAGCUUCAAGAAGGUCCAUUUCAUUAAGAACAUCAAACAGCAUGAUAUGCGCAAUGGAAGGAUAGUCCUUAUCAGUGGCAGAAGAUCCUUCUAUAGUGUAUUUUCUGUCCUGCCCUAUCGAGAUUGUAGCCCAGCAGGGGAUGUGAAGGCAGAGAGCGGGCGACAACGACACCCCUCGGGUGGCGUCAGCGCCAAGGAGAUGGUGAUUGGCCUGGAGGGCGUGGAGCUGGGGGCAGACGGCAAGACUGUAUCUUACACGCAGUUCCUUUACCCCACCAACGUCCUCGGCCGUCGAAACACCAUCGACUCGACUUCAUCUUUCUCUCAGUCUCGGAACGCCAGCCAUCGCAGCCUCAUCCUGGCACGUGCCAACAGUAACCAGAGUAGCCUUGACACAGGGAAUGACUUGGGAGACUACAGGGAGUAUGAUCCGAACCUGCUGGAUGACCCGCAGUGGCCGUGUGGGAAACACAAAAGAGUGCUCAUCUUUCCCUCCUAUAUGACUACGGUCAUCGAAUAUGUCAAGCCCUCAGACCUCAAGAAGGACAUGAACGAGACAUUCAAAGAGAAGUUCCCUCACAUUCGCCUGACCCUCAGUAAAAUCAGGAGUCUGAAGAGGGAAAUCCGUAAACUGGCACAGGAGGAGUGUGGCUAUGAAGAACCUACUGUUGCCAUGGCUUUCGUCUAUUUUGAGAAACUGGUGCUGCAGGGCAAACUAAACAAGCAAAACCGAAAGCUGUGUGCUGGUGCCUGUGUCCUUCUCGCAGCCAAGAUUGGCGGAGACCUAAAGAAACACGAGGUCAAGCUACUCAUUGAUAAACUGGAGGAGCGGUUUCGGGUGAACAGACGGGAGUUGAUCGCCUUCGAGUUCCCAGUGCUGGUGGCCCUGGAGUUCAACUUGCACCUCCCAGAACACGAGGUCAUGCCCCACUACAGACGCCUCAUGCAGAACUCCUAGCGACCGCCCCCGGUCAGGAGAGAAGCCUCUCUCUCCUGAUUCUAACCCCGCCUCCUCACCGAAGAACCGCUAUGCACCACAGAGACGUCGGUUCCUGCCCGUCACUGGAAUCAAGACACUAUAUCCCAUUUUUCAAAGACUCGUUAUCAGCCAAAGUGAUAAACACAUACUGAGUAUUUGUUUCUACGACUUUAAACGACUUAUCUUUAAGAGGAAGCGUUCGCUCUUCCUCAGACCUUUGAUUUUUUCGACAAAGUACGUCUGUUUUAAACGUUCCUCUUGUCUUUUUUUUUCUCCUUUUUGCCUGUUUUGUGGGUUUAUGACGCAGGUCCAAAUGUUAAAGGGUUCAAAGACACUGCUGUGUACUCAGAGGUAUUCUGUUUGUAUUCAAGAGAUUUCCAAAGUGAAUACGAGACGGAGCACAUUUUUACUCUAAGCAAGCUUCGGCUUUUUUGGAUUGUGCAAUGUUUUCACAAAUUCCAUUCUUUUUUGCCUACACUCAUCUGUUUUCUACCUAUUCCAAAGUAUAGCCAUUGGCCCAAAGUUCUUAGUUUCUCUCCUUUUUUUGGCUUGUUUUUCCUAUUGUGCAUGUUUCAUAGCCUUAAUAUAUGGAGAUAAAAUGGACCCAGAUUUUCCUGGGUCUGGUUGGGACACGACUGUUAUCUCUUGAAGUAACUAUGCUCACGGAAAAAAAAAAAAAAAAAUCAUUCCUUCAUUUCUAGAAGUGCACUUUCAUUGUCUUGGGGACCGCAGAUGUCUUAAAACAUCUGCACGAAAAAAAAAAAGGGUGAAAAUCUUUCAUCUCAUUAUGAUUCCUCACUUCAAAUGUUCUGUUUCUAGCCAGCAUUCUUGCAUCUCACCAUUACCACCCAAGCAGAAAAAAACCUGUUUCAGACAGAAUAGAGCAGUAGUUUUGAUGGAAGUUUUAGAUUUUUUAUAUAGCUGUAUGCAGUACACUGAAAUACUGCAGUUGCUUUGUUCUUGUUUUGUUUUGUUUUUUGGGUUUUUUUCUACUUUUGAGUGCCGACUUGGAACAUUUGGUAAAAUUAAUGGACAACCAGAGGUUACUACUAUCCUUGUGCUCUAUGUUAGAGUGAAUUUUGAGCACAUUUGUAGUGCUGCACUGGAGGUGAGGUAAGGAUACACGGCCUAUGAUCACCAACAUAAAAGGCACAGUGGUGGGACGGCCUGGUGUGUGUCUCAGAUGCAACAGUGUUGACACUAUUUGACAGACUGUAAAAGCAGUGUUAACAGGUGUGUCCCUAUUAUUGAUCUGUAAAACAAUCACGUAUCAUCCCUCAGAAUUCUUUUCUCUCUUUUUUUUUUUUUUUUAUAGAUAAACAUGGCAGUUCAUUUUCUUCCCCCUGGUGUAAUGUCAAUGUGUGGAAUGUAAUUUUUCUUUUUUUUUUUUAUUGUCGAGGGAUUGGGGGCGGGGUUAGUAGUUUCUUUACGAUUUGAAUCGUACUCUGCAUCACACCAAGUCUAAAUUUAAGUGAGAUCAUUGAUGCUAUUCACCAAAAAAAGUCUUAAACCCCAGGUUUCUUAGGUUACGUUCCUCACACAUUUACCAGUUCAUCCAUCAUUUUAAAAACCAUGACAGUUUGCCAGUAAAGAGAAUGAGGUACUUUGGUCUAAGGAAGAAAUCUAAACCGGUCAUAUAUGACCAGGAUGGCAAUGUUCACUUCUACUGAGACAUGGUUAUCACUUUCUGGGAAGCAAUUAAAGAUCAGACUAA